AUGAGCCACACCUUUAAACCUUCUCCUGUUCAUGGAGCAGGAGCAACUUUAUUUAUGAAUGAACAUUGCAGUGAUAUAACCAUCAUCAUCACAGAGGAGUGCACUGUAUGGAGAUUUCCAGCUCACAGUACAGUUCUUGCCGCUCAAAGCAUAGUUUUUCAUCGCAUGUUAGACAGUGACUUUCUGGAGAAAAAAACUCAAGAAAUUGUUCUGCAAGACAUGACUCCUUCGACCCUGAAGAAGUUACUUAGGUACAUGUAUUUAGGUGAUGCAAUUUUGGAAGAUUGGAAAGAAGCAAUUGAUCUUUUGAAAGCUGCUCAUAAGUAUCAGAUGGAAUCUCUAGUGCAAAAAUGUGCUCAUUACCUCCAAGAUCAUAUUGAUCUUACUAAUGUGUGCUAUAUAUAUAGCAAAGCUGUCACUUAUACAUUAAGUCCUUUAGGUAAUAUAUGCUUAGAAAUUAUACUUGGGACCGGAUGUGUUGUUCUUCGAAGUCAAGGAUUUGAAUACCUCAACAAAGAGUCCGUCAUGGCUGUUAUUUCUAGUUAUAGCUUGAACGUUGACGGGGAGAUGUGUGUUGUGAACGCCUUACUUCGUUGGGCAGUGAUGGAAUGCUGUCGUCAAAAUAAGCCUCUAACAGAGGAAAGUAUCGUAGAGAUUAUGGUACCUUUUCGUAAAUAUCUUUGUACUCGUAGUAUAAACAGUGAUGAAAUGCACACUUUACCUCAGUUCUUACAUGCUGAAAUAAAUAGUUAUCAUUCCAGGCAAAGUUUUUCUGUUACUCAACACCUGUUAGAUUAUGCCAAGCGUGUCAGUUUGAAGCUGAUCGAUUUGGAUUGCCUGGCUGAUAACGUCAGCAAUUUCACCUGCUUCCGAUUUCUCGCAGAUCACUCACUUUUUCUGAUUAGUGUGCACUUAGUCACUGUCACAUCUUUCUUAACAUCAAAUAAUUAUGUUGUUCUUAUAAGUGAGGCAGGUAGCGUGAACACAACUGUGUUUGAGCUGAACUUAGCAGAAGUUACCGAAAUCACUACUAGCCUUCCUGGUGCAAGCUCCAAGCCAAUGUUUGAGACCGAAGUCCUGCUCAAGAGACCAGUGAUGUUACAGCCACAAACUGUGUACCGUUUGAGCCUUCGUAGCAAUAGUCGCUCCUUAAAACCUAGUCAGUGCCACAUUCAGUUCCCCAAAACUGGAUUAGUUCCUAACAAAGUUGGUUCACGCGCUGAUGUGGUGCCAUUUACAAUACUAACAGAUUCUAUAUGGGGUGUUACAAAAUUGCUUUACCUGACUGCUCCUGUUCCAGAGAAGGAGAUUUUUAAAUUCCGUUUGCAGAAAUGA